UUAUAUAUAGAAACAUACAUACAUACAUAUUCAUCGAUCCAAGAAAUUCAAAAAGAAAAAACAAGAAGAAAAAAGAAAAAGAAAAGAAUAAAAUGGGCUGCAAAUCAACAAUGUUGCUUGCAGGAGCAGUUGCUCUGGUGGUUGUGGUUAUUCAAAUUCCGAGUGUUUAUUGUGGGAAGGCAAGGUUGAUCCCGUCGGACCGUACGAAACUAGACGAAUGGAUAGCAGUCAACAUGAAAGACUAUGUGGAACGCAAGGCCAAGCAAGGCAAUUCCAGUUUAGAUAUCAAAUUGGCAAAGGCUGAGGACUCCGUUAAGAUCGUCAAGGUCAGGAAGGACAGCACCGGAGAUUUCAAUACGGUGACUGACGCCGUCAAAAGCAUUCCCAAAGGAAACACACAGCGUGUGGUGGUUUGGAUCGGUGGCGGGGAAUACGUUGAGAAGAUCACCGUGGAUGUGUCGAAGCCGUUCCUUACGUUUUACGGAGACAAGGACGACAUGCCGACCAUAGUUUUCGACGGCACGGCGUUUCAGUACGGGACUUUGAACAGUGCCACAGUGGAGAUCGAGUCUGAUUACUUCGUUGCUGCCAAUAUUUGGAUACAGAAUUCAGCUCCAAUGCCGGAUGGGAAAAGGAUGGGGGCACAGGCGGUGGCGAUGAGAAUAUCAGGGGACAAAGCAGCAUUCCAUAACUGCAGGUUCAUAGGAUUUCAAGACACCUUAUGUGAUGAUAAGGGCAGGCAUUUCUUCAGGGACUGCCACAUUCAAGGCACGGUGGAUUUCAUCUUUGGAAAUGGAAAAUCUCUCUACCUGAACACGAGCAUAAUUUCAGUGGCGAAAGGAAUGGGGGUGAUAACAGCACAAGCAAGGGAAGACGUGAGCGAUGACAGCGGAUUCACAUUCGUGCACUGCAACAUAACAGGGACAGGUGAUACAUAUUUGGGACGUGCAUGGAAGGAGUGCCCCAGAGUUGUAUUUGCUUACACUUUUAUGGGAACCCUCAUCAACAGCCAAGGAUGGUCAAACAACAUGCACAAAGAUCGCAACGAGACAACUGUAUAUUAUGGAGAGUACAAGUGCGAAGGACCAGGAGCAAGUACCAAAGGGCGCGUCAACUAUGCAAAGACAUUAUCAGACGAAGAAGCACAGCCCUUUCUCAGCAUGACUUACCUCCAUGGAAACAAGUGGAUUCUCCCUCCUCCCAAGCUUUGAACAAACUACUACCAUUCUCAUCAUCAUCAUUAUCAUCCCUUUCUUCCAACAUAUAUGAUCAAAUCCAAUAUCAUCAUCACUACUCUUUCUGCCAUUGAGGCAUGGCUAUCCUGAUCUUCUACUAUUUGUUCCCAAUUGGUCAUAAUGCAAAAUUUGGCAAAGUGAUAUUGAUCAUCAUGUACCAUGUUUUUACAAUGUUGUUAUAUGAACCCCGCUUUGUAACAAAUCUUUUCAUAAUUAUAAGCGCU